GAUUUUUCGCUUGACCGUUCCGAACGUGGAAUCUCUGUACCUUUGAAUUAUUUUCCAAAUAAAUUAAUACCUGCGUUCAACAUGAGCUCCAAAUCCUUUUUCGUCGAGGAUGAUGCUGAACAGUCGAACAAAUUGGCCAGGAAGGCCAAGGAAUCGCCGUUUAUGCUAGUGGGCAUUGCGGGAUUCGUGGCGGCGGGUCUGAUUGGAGCCUACAAGUACAAGCAUCGUGGCACCAUGAGCACCAGCGUAUUCCUGAUGCAGCUCCGUGUGGCGGCCCAGGGCACCGUCGUGGGAUGUCUGACAGCGGGACUGGCGUACACAAUGGCCAAGGAGUACCUGUUCGAGAAGGAGCCCAAGGAAAAUUCCAAGCCACUGACUAACUAAAGAACAUUUCUGAUUGUGCGGCCACUC